AUGGCUGAGCCGCACCUCGGUACCAAGCACCCCCCGGACCCCGUGCCUGCCAUGGCUGAGCCGCACCUCGGUACCAAGCACCCCCCGGACCCCGUGCCUGCCAUGGCUGAGCCGCACCUCGGUACCAAGCACCCCCCGGACCCCGUGCCUGCCAUGGCUGAGCCGCACCUCGGUACCAAGCACCCCCCCGACCCCGUGCCUGCCAUGGCUGAGCCGCACCUCGGUACCAAGCACCCCCCGGACCCCGUGCCUGCCAUGGCUGAGCCGCACCUCGGUACCAAGCACCCCCCGGACCCCGUGCCUGCAAUGGCUGAGCCGCACCUCGGUACCAAGCACCCCCCGGACCCCGUGCCUGCCAUGGCUGAGCCGCACCUCGGCAGCAUCACCCUCAGCUCUCCUGGGGUCUGCAGCCGACUCCAGACUGGCUCAGACCUGGAUGACACCAGUGUGAUUGCGUCACCCCUGGCGACGCCUCCCGUGCAGACGCUGACGCCCCGGCCUGUGUGGGAGGACCGUGCACGGGUGGAGAGCUGUGCAGUGGACGGGUCUGGCCGUCCCUCCAGGCCUGAGGACGCGCCCUGCAUCCUGCCGGCUUCCGGAAGCUUCUCGCCGCCCGCGGGUCAGCGGCUGCACCGUGGCCGCUCUCGGCCGCCCGGCCUGCCCGGCGUGUGCCCACCGCGCUCGGGGAAGGACGCGGCGCGGGCCAUCUCGGCCGGGAGACAUCGACUGCCCAUUCCGGCUCAGCGGCCUGUCCACCCCGACCUCAGGGCCGCCGCCCGCGCCCCGACCCGAGCCCCCUUGCUGUCCACACCACCUCCUUGUCCCGGGCUGAUGUCUCACCGGGGCCUGGGCCUGCCUCUGCGCCGCGUGGCCACCCGCGGGACACGGGAGGGACACGGGAGGGCCAGGCGUGGCUGGAGUGACCCCUUCCCACGGGCGCCGGCGGUCAGCGGGGGCCACUCCGUGUUUGCUUCCCGAGGCCCCGCCCUGCCCCCCACAAGCCCCGAGCCCCGGCUGGUCCCCUGGGGCCAGACCCGCUGGGCAUCGUGGGAAGUGGCCGCGGGGACCGAGACGGGCGGCGGGGGCUGCACGGGGGGCAGGGGCGCUGGGGUCGGCAGGAGCCCGGCUGGGGGCCCAGUGCUCGGACCCCGCAUCUGUGCCGCCCCAGGGCCUGGGGCGGGGCGCUGGGGGCAGCGAGGGGACAUCCGGUCAGGGCCUGCGCCAGGGCGUCAGGCUGGGCUUCGGGUGAUUCAGCCAACCGAGACAAUGAUGUCUACACAGUCUGGGUGGGUCGGGGGGCGGCCGGAGCUCUGGCUCCUGCAGCAGUGCGGCCCUCUUUACGACAGAGCCACCGACGGCAGCAUCCGCCUUUACGACGCUCGACAAUCGCCCGCCGGUCGAUCCAGCAUCUUUACGACAGAACCACCAACCGCGCCUUCCGUCUUUACGACACUCGGCAGGGUCACCGGCGGGUACGAUCCUCUUUACGGCACUUGGUGGACUCGCCCGAGGCUGCUGCAGGGUCGCCGCGCUCAGGAGCUGGGGCCCCGGGACGUGCGGGGACGCCCUGACACCGAGGGCAGCUCCGAGACGUCACCAGCGGACAGCGUGGCCGCGAUCCCUGAGAGACUCCAUUCCUGUUUGUGGUUCCAAGAGUCUUUGCCUUUUGGUUUCGAUCUUGCGAGGGCAGCUGCCCUGGGUGCCGUUGAGGGCGACCUGACGUCUCCACUGCACAGGUGGGAGCCAGCGUGUGCAGAGCCCGUGAUGGGAGAGGCCAAGCGGAUGCGGAGCUGUGACGGCCAGGGCUGGGGAGCGAGGCUCAGCCCCGCACACGGGGCAGCAGGCAGCGGCUUCUCAGGAGAGGCCUCCGUGCGGUCGCCGGCCACAGCGCCUGGCACGUCCGGCAGCCCCGGGGCUGCCCUGCGACAGCAGGAAAUGGGCCCCGAGGGUGCUGUGUCCUCCCUGCUGUGGACGGCGGCCGUGGCCGGCUCUCCUGGGGGUCAGGCGGCCGUGGCCGGCUCUCCUGGGCGUCAGGCGGCCGUGGCCGGCUCUCCUGGGGGUCAGGCGGCCGUGGCCGGCUCUCCUGGGGGUCAGGCGGCCGUGGCCGGCUCUCCUGGGCGUCAGGCGGCCGUGGCCGGCUCUCCUGGGGGACAGGCGGCCGUGGCCGGCUCUCCUGGGCGUCAGGCGGCCGUGGCCGGCUCUCCUGGGCGUCAGGCGGCCGUGGCCGGCUCUCCUGGGGGACAGGCGGCCGUGGCCGGCUCUCCUGGGCGUCAGGCGGCCGUGGCCGGCUCUCCUGGGGGACAGGCGGCCGUGGCCGGCUCUCCUGGGCGUCAGGCGGCCGUGGCCGGCUCUCCUGGGCGUCAGGCGGCCGUGGCCGGCUCUCCUGGGGGACAGGCGGCCGUGGCCGGCUCUCCUGGGCGUCAGGCGGCCGUGGCCGGCUCUCCUGGGCGUCAGGCGGCCGUGCCCGGCUCUCCUGGGGGACAGGCGGCCGUGGCCCGUCCCCCAGCCUCGUGGGCAGCUCAGAAAGCCCCGGCCACUUCUUGGCUGCCUCUCGCCCUUGUCCGGCCCUGGAAACUCGAGUCUGUGCCGCGUGGUCUUGGGUGCGGUCUGGGGGCUGCGCAGGCUGCCAUGAGAGCCGCCACCGACUGGGCUCCAACACGGGCGUCUGUCCUCUCCCGGGUCCGUGUCAGGGGCCGGCAGCCUCCCCGGCGGCUCUGGGAGGCCCUCGCCUUGCUCUGCCCGCUUCUCUGGUCGCCCAGCGUCCCCCUCGCCUGUGUCCUCCCCCCUGCACAGCUCUGA